CGGUAAUUUCUAUAAAAGUAAAUGAGAAUGACACUGCAUCAAUCAGUCAAUUUGUGAGAGUGCGCGCACACGACGGCGAUAAAUUCAUUAACCUGUUUAUGACGAAAACGCAAAAACGUUUAUCUAACCAUAAAUAAGGCGAUACGUUAUCGAGCGAGCGCGAACGUGAAACGAAUAACUGUGAAGUAAAGAGAAUAAAUAACAAUGAAAUGGCUGACGAUGGCGAACAUGCAAUCGCCGAUUACACUGAUCUCCUUGCUGGCUAUCGUGUCCGGCGUCAAAUCGAAUGCCAGCAUCUCUUCUGCUAACAAACCUUCAAAGCCUACUGAGCCGGAGUACUGCAACAGCACCACGCAAGCCCACAUGUGGGGCGAUGUCAAUCCGAACAUAUUCUACAUCUGCGAUGAGUCGACCAACGCCACGCGUCAAAUGCGUUGUCCAGCGGGACGUGGCUUCUUUCGUGGGCGCGGUUAUUUCGGUUGCAUACCGUACGCCGACUGGCCGGCCUGCCUCGACCGUCGCAGUCUGCCCGAAAGUCAAAACAGUGGUAGUAGUGGUAAUGCCACUGUGGAACUGUGCAAGGACGAAAUGCAUCUGCAGCAGACCUGGGCGGCUGUGGACCCGAAUAAAUUUUACAUGUGCCAAAGUGAGCACUCCGCACCAUUGCUGCUGAGCUGUGAAGCGGGCAAAGGUUAUGUCAGCGCCUGGACUGGCGAGGGUGGUGGCGUCCAUAGCGGGGAGGGCACGCACAUUGUGGGCUGUGCCACAUGGGAGAAGUGGCGCAUGUACAUGCAUUGUACGGACUUCUAUUGAGAUCUCCGCUAAUUGAGGUUAAAAAAAAAAAAUUAAAACCUGCGACGUAAAAAAAUGACUAACGUGUGCAAAUAUGUAUGUGUAUGGGCGGAUGCUGUGCUGCUGGGCAAGGGGGCUGAGUGAGUGCAUUCAUGUGUCGCGGUUGUUCGAAAUAUUUCAUACAUUAUGCAUACACACACACACAUGAACGCAGCAUGUAUCCUUCAUAUGUGUGUGUUGCAAUAAAUUUGUUUUGGUUUUUGUUGUUAUACGACCCACAACGCCAACAAUGUUGUGGCAGCGCUUUCGUGUUGGUAAAAGUAAAAACUGUAAUUAAGUUAAAAUAGGUAUGAUAAGUUCCGAAAUUGUUUUUUGACUGAUACUGUUGAUAAGAUAGCGUGCGGCAGUGUAUUGUGUUGGAAAAAAUCUCUGCUUGGUUUCGGGUUAAUAAAUAAAUUGAUUGAAAUUGCUGUGGGGCAUGAAAUUGAAAUGCGAUAACAAUUACGAUUUCUGCUAGCAGUGGUUCCCAGAAAUACAAUGAGUGAAAUUAUAAUGAUAAACAAAUAUAAAAUGUGUGUAGGUGCAUGCAUAUUGAAGCAGACAUGUAGGGAACAAAAUUUA